AUGACUUCAUCGGAAAUCAGUCAGCCUUUGUUAGAACCUUUAAAAGUUUUUGUGGUAAAUCCACUUGCACCGGCGUCACAAUUGUUUAUAGUGAAAAUGAUGUCUGGUGUCGUGUUUGGUGAAAAUCAAUUGAUCGAUAUGUAUCUAAUAGUGUAUACUAAUAAUAUCAGGGCUGCAGAAGCUUUUAUAUUGGAGAUAGAAUCCUGUGCCUUUUCAUGCAAUAAUUCCAUCAAAGUGUCCUCAGAUAUACCGAGAGUAACAGACGGUGAUGUUUUUUGUUUCAUGACUGAUUUUGACAAUCCAAACUUAAUUUUAUUUAAUGAGGAAAAUGUAGAAGAUCAAUUUAAUGCUUUAUAUUUAAUAAUAAAAUUGGCAAAUAGUUUUAGUUGGCCCAGUGAACUAGAUAAAGAAGAAGAAACAAUAAAAAAAAUUAAUCAUGAGAAAAAAAAUAUUAAACAUGCAAAAACAGAAAAAGCUCUACCCGCUAAAGAGAGAAAGCCUAUAUUUUUAACUGAUGGUCUUGUGGCUAUUGAUAUUCUUUAUUCAAUGUCGUCAAAUAUGCCCUCGGAUAUAUAUUUUUGUCCAACUCCCAUUACGGCUAUUGCAAAGUCUGUAUUGGGUGAUUACUUAAACGUGCAUUGUAACGUCAUUAAUGACGUGCUUGUUUGGGCUGCGAAUGAUGAUGUGUUUCAUAUUGAAGUUGAGAGGCCUUUAAUUAUCCAUGAUGAGGUUGAUGGUGGCUCGCAUUGUAAUGAGAAUAAUAUAAUUGGAAAAGAUCUUUUGGAAUCAUUAAACUUAGAUUCGACCCAGUUUAGCGCCUCAUGGUUGAAGAAAGAACUCAUAGAAAAGGUGGCGUCAUCUGCGUCGAAGAAUCCGUAUGGAUGUAUUUAUAGGGCUGUGGAAUUCAGCAAAACUUUGAGAGACAUUUGGUUAACGCGUAUCCACGACGAUGGCAAGAAAGUUUAUAACAACAUGGGCGUCAUUAGUGACGGCUCACUUGGAACUAUUAAAGGAUAUGCCUAUGUUUUGCCAGUGGUAUUUAGCAAUGGCUCCUGGUCGGUUAAUAAGCAAUUUGAAAAUGAUAUUCAUCUGAAGCAGGAAAUAAAAAGAAUGAAUCAAGAAGUCACAAAACGCCAUCGGGAGAUGAUAUCACACUGUAAAAAAAUUCUGCACGAGAACAUCAUUAAUCAAUCUCUCAAAGACGAGGAUGCCAGCAGCUUUACAAGUAAAUAUUAA